AUGAUUGAGUGUAAUUUUGUAGAUGCAAUUCGGACGACUGAGGAGAGUGUGCUGUUUGCUGUGAAUGUAUUCCAAUGGCAGGGCAUUGACUUAGACGCGUGCAGACAACGGCCAGUGAGGGAAUGGAGUGCAGAUGUGAGGAGUUAUAACGCGCGUACAGUGCGCGAUGGGGUGGUAUACUACGUGCCGGUACAGACGCCGUCUCCUAAUGCGACCAAGACGGAGUCCUCGGCGAAGCGAGAGGACACGGCAAUGGAGGCGUCGGCAGUUGGUGGUAAGGAGAACGCGGAGGGGGAGGGGUCGAAAGAAUUAGCUUCAUCCCCCGCGGGUACUGCAUCAAGUGAAACACAGCACUUCCGUGUGCUGGCUGUGGAGAUUCCGAUGCCGAUGGAGUCAGAGGCGGCAGGGGUGGCGGCGGUGGACUCUCUGACUGAGUUUGAGAGUGAGGUCGCGGUCGGUGUGAAUGCGCAAAUACCUCAAACCACUGGUUCUCGCGCGACACUUUACUCAGUGCUGGAGGGACUGUUGCAGGAACAGAAACUUUCGGCGGAACAGCGGUCCCAAUUGACGCACGCUGUCUUCUCGUUUUUGCAAUGUGAAGUGCCGCUCUCGAGGCUAUACAGCCAAAUGUCGAGCAUCGUGGGCUACUCGACUCUGCGGCAAGUGAUCCAGCAAGUGGAAGGAGUCAGCGACGCGGCUUCCAAGCCCGCCCCCGCUGCGGUCUCUUUGGGCAACGUGGUCAGCUUUCGCAAAAGCCAACAUGCAAGCUACCCGAUUCCCGACUAUUGCUUCCUCACGGCUGCGGGACGCGCGGCGUUUUUUGCCUCACCGCGUGUGUCGCAAAAUGUCAAGAGCAACUCCGCUGCCCACUCAGCACCCUGGCACGUAGACGUGCCCCUGGACCCUCGGAGCAGUCAUCGGGUUGGCCAUGUGGCUGCAAGCUGCGCAGGCUACAUCUUCAUCACCGGCGGUGUGCUUGAAGGCCAACAAAAUCCCACGGGCUGGGACUCCCUCAGUGUGGUUAAUAAGCACACCUUCCAGACUGUCGAACACGACCUGACGGGCUCCGUCCCAGUAGCUCCAUUUGGCGUAGGCUCCCUGAUCGUGGGCAGUCUCGGUAGCUACAGCUCUUCGGACUGUCUAUUAGUUUUCGGCGGGACGAUGAGUCUGAGUGUGGUCACUGAUGCAAUCAAUUCAGCUGGCCGCCAAAUGCAGCCUUGCGAUAUCGUGCGCGAUUUGCGUGUACUUGACUUCCAAUCCCUCCGAUGGUCCAAGGUCAUUACUUCUGAAGACCAAAGCCCCGGUGCCCGCUGUUUCCCCGUCAUGGUCCCUGUUCUGCAGCCGCGCAAUAGCGGAGCAGCCGAGGUCAUUGGAGUCGCUCUCUACGGCGGCCUAGGCAAACCCGAGCGGCCUGCCGCGCUUGACGACGCUUGGUACCUCGCGCUGCAAUCCGACCAGCUCUGGCGCCCUGUCACCUGCGCCAAUAACGAACCGCUGUUUGGCGCAGCCGCGGUCUGCGCCGGCCCCAACAGGUGGCUAAUUUGCGGCGGCUACGGUGCUAGCGAAGCCAUUCGAGUGCUCUCCGUACACGUCGACCCCUGCAACCGGGACCCCGGCAGCCGGGACACAAGUAUCAGGCCCGGCGAAAGCCGCAAUGAUCUGCGCGGCGCCGAAAAUGCGCGCAGCACACGUGUGCGCAUGGUCCUCGAACCGCUCCCUAACUCGCAAGAUCACGUCUGCGGCCGCCGCGCCUUCUGCUCAGGCAUCAUCAUGAAGGCAGAAGGCGCCCAGUUCGAACCAGUCGAGCUGGGGACUACUCUGCACCGAACCACGCCCACUGCAAAGAACCUCCUCUUCCUCUCCGGCGGCGCAACGGACCAGGAGCUUCCGCUCUGCCCCAUUUCCGUGUUCGAAGUCAUAUCCGACGGCGAGGCUAUAAUUGCGCUUAAUUUCCUGCGGACUGUCCAGCCUCAAACGCGGCCUGGCUGUCCGUAUAUGCAAAACCCGCUUCCUAGACUCUGCGAGACAUCAACCUUUAUACCGCAUGUGCCCUUUCACCAAAAGCACUUGACGAGACAACCGCCGUGCUUACCAGGCUUCUUCGUUUCCGGGGGGUUCUCUGUGAGCAAUACCCGGUCGACUGUACCUGUUCCAGUCGAUUUCAGUUCCACCGAGCUGAUAACCUUGCACUCAGUCGAUCCCUACCGGCUCACCUGGAACACUACAGACGGUAGAGAAGCCGACGGGAGGGAGGUAGUGGGUAGCAAGGACGCAGCUGGCGGAAGGGACGCAAGGGAUGGAACAGGCCAUAUGACGCAGGAUGCCGACCGACUCCUACACGCUGCCGAGAUUGUAGUGGACGACGAUCUCGAGACACUGAGCAUCUUAGACAAGCGGGGCGUCACCGAUGAGACUCGUAAUAUGUUCAAGCUCUUCGAAGAAUCCACCCGCCAUAAUCCAAAGUGGUUGAAAGACCUGUGCUUUACCCCGGGACUCCUAGUCACUCUCGGCACCAUGGUUCCAUGGCCGUUCACUGCCAUCGGAGGACUAAUGGAGAACUCGUGUCAUCUGACUACCAGAGCGUCUCACGUCGCCCUUGACAUUGGUCUCGCUAAAAACGGCCAAUUCUUUCUCUCCUUUAGCGAUAAUGGCAAAGGUCUCGGAUACUCCGGCAUGCACAAGGUCCUCAAGAGAUUCGGCAUCGGAGAAAAUAGAUUGCAGACCAGAGACCACCAACGAUCGCACAGUGCAGUGCAGUAUGGCUUGGGGUGCAAGAUCGCAUUGAGCCGAUUAGGGCAAGAGUGCUUGCUUAUUAGCCGCACUUCCGGUUGCUUAGGUGUCUCUUUGAUGUCCCAAAGAUUUCUUAAGGACAUUGGGGCAGGCAGCAUCGGAGCGGCUCCCUCAUGCUUCUGGAAGCUUCCUUCACGAGAUACUGUCUUGGGACAGAAUGAGCAUCUUACAAGCCAAAGGAAGCUGAUCCAAUACUCGCCAUUUAAAACGAUCAAUUCUUUAGCAGAACAGAUAAACAUUCUGGGACUGCAUACUGGUACGCGGUUUGUCUAUUUCGAUCAUCAGAAGACGUUCUUCAACGAGAUUGGGUUGGAUCCUGAGGACGGUCUGGCCCGGUUGACUGGGAAGGGUUUGGGUUCCACCAGCAGUCCGGGUUUUCCAGGUUUGCUGACGAGCUCAUCGGGCAAGUUAUCUACAGAGGAGAUGACUCGGGCGGAUGAAGGCGGCGAGGGCCCUGGUGGGGCAGCCUUGUCUAGUACAGGGUGUUCUUUGUUGAACCCUGCAGAUAAGUUGAUUAGUUUGCACCGAAAGAUCCCUUUGGGUUGUAUGGCGCAACUUGGAGAGACUGGAGGCGACCUGCCUGGUGCCGAAGAAUUGGGUCGCGGUCUGUGUCACACGUGCCCGCUUUCGGGCGAGUCCUUCAUGGUCACUAGCGCACCCGUGCGCCGGUUCGUUGACACCGAGGGCUUCAGUAGUCUCUACGACUCAACCGCGGUUAUCCAAUAUCCCAAGCUCAAUCCCGAACCGGGACUCGUCGUGUCCUCCUCCCACGGCCACGGAACGACCAUUGAUGCCGAAACGACCAUUGAUGCCGAUCGACAAGUCGAGAACCAAACCACCAUGCAUGUGGAGGAGCGAGAACGCGAAUCAGACCCGCAAUCGGACCCGAAUACAAACCGAACCGGACCUCAGGCCGUGGACACCGCCACGGACUCUCCUAAGAAUCGAACGGGAACGUCUACGAUCCGAACAGGGAGCACCUUCCCUUUGUGGACGCAUUCCAAGUACAGCAUCGACCAGUGCUUGUCUACAUAUAUGUACUGGGCUCUACUCUUCAACGUGUGCCGACUACACUGCAACGGGUGGGCACUCACACCAGUUGAUGGACAACCCACCGAGUUGAUUUCCUCAAGUAUUACGACGCGGGCUGACUCUCUCGAAGACAACGGCUUCCGGGAAGACUUAUUCAAACACUCCCUCUAUCGCUACAUGAAGAGACGAUUGAACGCCAUGGUUGAGCUCGACUGGCUGUUCACACCCAGCGACAGCAACUACGACACCUACGGUCUCCUCGGCUUCGUUAACCCACUUGAAGCACUCACAAGCACGCAAAAAAUGCCCUAUCACGAAACGGGCAUUCUGCUCUACUACAAGGAACGGCUCAUCAGAAGACUCUUUGUGCCUUUCCCAGCACCUGCAAAACUACUGGACGAAGUUGCGAAUAGGCCGUAUCCUCCCUCCCACUUUAAAGGGAAACCAACAUUCUUGUUCCCCUGCACUGGAAUCAUUCAUGUCCCGGAGUGGUUGUACCCCAAUGCAGCCAAGGAUGACUUUGUGGCACAACGGUCUCCGGUGUUUGACGAAUUUGUAGUUCAAGUAAAACACUUGGUGAGACAGUACCUGUUAGUGUGUCUUGAUGAUGACGCGCGGACCGCGUGGAUCCAGGAGCGCGGCAAAGAGUUCCUGAAGGAGGCUGGUCGGCGCAGACCUCUCAGUCCAUUGCUUCAUGUGGCGCUGUUGAAAAAAAGUUAA